AUGAAAUGUAACACUGACCGACGAAUCUCUUUUUGCAGCGACAACUGCCGCUGCGCCCAAUGUGUGAACCAGGAUACCCUACAGCGCAACUUUGAUACCUUUGCCAUCCCCAAGGAUGUUUCGCCUACAGAAAUAUCGCCCAAGAGUGACGGCGUUGACAUACUAUGGUCGGAUUCUCAUAAAAGCUACUACCCAUGGUCCUGGCUCAACUUUACUGUUCAGGAUACGAGUAAUAAGAAGCCCACGAUUCAAGAAAAGCUAUGGGGUGCAACGGUUUCCUCGGCUCCUCCAGAGGUCGAGUUUAACAAUGUCCUGAACAGCACUUCUCCAAAGGGAAUGGCUGAGCUGACGGGAAAGAUUCGCCAAUAUGGGUUUUGCUUCGUUACCAACUCGCCCAAAACUCCAGAGGAUACGGAGAAGCUCUUGGAAACAAUUGGACCAAUUCGAAAUACUCACUACGGAGGCUUUUACGACUUCAUCCCAGACUUGGCCCUCGCCGAUACAGCUUACACUAACCUAGCUCUCCCAGCUCAUACAGACACGACUUAUUUUACCGAGCCCGCAGGCUUACAAGCAUUUCACCUGCUAUCUCACACGCCACCUACGAAUAAGCCCGCUGACGAGGUGCUGGGUGGACAAUCAUUGCUUGUAGAUGGAUUCCACGCCGCGGAGACACUUAGAAAGGAAUCGCCAGGAGAUUUCGAGAUACUGCGCAAGGUCAAGCUCCCAUGGCAUGCUAGCGGCAACCAGGGCGUGGCAAUUGCACCAGAUAUGGCAUAUCCCGUGAUUGAAGCUACUGGAGAGAAGUUGCACAGGAUCAGGUGGAACAAUGAUGACCGAGGAGUGGUCCCCGUGGAUAUCGACGUCGAUGCGUGGUACCAGGCGGCACGAAAGUGGGACGAGAUACUGAAGCGCAAAGAAAGCGAAUAUUGGUUUCAGCUUGAACCCGGGCGAGUCUUGAUCUUUGAUAACUGGCGAGUGCUUCAUGGGAGAAGCGCAUUUGAGGGCCUGCGGCGCAUCUGUGGUGCAUAUAUCAGCCGAGAUGACUUUAUCUCUCGUUGGAAAAUGACCAACUUUCCCCGCGAGGAAGUAAUUGCAUCCAACAUGCAACUACGAUAA